AAAGAUGGCGGUGCGGAAGAAAGACGGCGGCCCGAAUGUAAAAUAUUUCGAAGCGUCUGACACCGUUUCGCAGUUUGAUAAUGUCCGCGUCUGGCUGGGAAAGAAUUACAAAAAGUACAUCCAGGCCGAGCCUCCUACCAAUAAAUCCCUGUCCAGCCUGGUGGUCCAGCUGCUGCAGUUCCAGGAGGAGGUGUUCGGUAGGCAUGUCAGCAACCCUCCCCUCACCAAGCUGCCGAUGAAAUGUUUUCUAGACUUCAAGUCAGGAGGGGCUCUCUGCCACAUUCUGGCGGCUGCCUACAAGUUCAAGAGUGACCAAGGAUGGCGCAGGUUUGACUUCCAGAAUCCAUCAAGGAUGGACCGAAAUGUGGAAAUGUUCAUGACAAUUGAGAAGUCCUUAGUGCAGAACAACUGCCUGAGUCGACCCGUCAUCUACCUGAGUCCUGAUAUUGAACCAAAGCUGCUUGGAAAACUGAAAGACAUCAUCAAAAGACAUCAGGGUUCAGUGACCGAAGACAAGACCUCCAGCUCUCAUGUUGUGGUGCCUAUUCCUACUAGCCUGGAGGAAGAGGAGUGGGUGCGCCCUGUGAUGAAGAGAGACAAACAAGUUCUGCUCCACUGGGGAUAUUUUCCAGACAGUUACGACACCUGGAUCCCUGCCAGUGAGAUUGAGGCUGCAGUGGAGGAUGCUCCCAGCACAGAAAAGCCCAGAAAGGUCCACGCGAAGUGGAUUUUAGACCUGGAUCAGUAUAACGAGUGGAUGAACGAGGAGGACUAUGAGGUGGGAGAGGGUUGUCCUAAGAGGAAGAGGAUUUCCGCCAAGACUCUCACAGACGAGGUGACCACACCUGACGAGCGGAAGGACAAGAAACCCGGCAGCGCCAAGAAAAGAAAGCGCUCGCCAUCACCCUCCCCCACGCCUCCGCCUCAGGAGAGCAAGAAGAAGAAUACCAAAAAAGGGCCGACAACGCCCUACACCAAGUCUAAACGGGGUCAAAGGGAGGAGGAACAGGAGGAUCUGUCCAAAGACCUGGAUGAAGCAUCACCUGUUCCAGCAUCUGAUGAGGGAAACACAGCCAAGACAAAUAACACUAAGAAAGAUUGUGAUUCAACCCCGGUCAAAGGAGGAACAGACAUGGAUGAGCAGGAAGAUGAGUCUAUGGAAACAACAGGAAAGGAAGAGGAGGAAGGUUCUCCCAGUGUGAAGGGUGAACCUGUGAAGGGCUCAGACCUUCAUGAGGACAACGUGACUGAGCAAACCCACCACAUCAUCAUACCGAGCUAUGCUGCCUGGUUCGACUACAACAGCGUUCAUGCCAUUGAGCGUAGAGCACUGCCAGAGUUUUUUAACGGGAAGAAUAAAUCCAAAACCCCAGAGAUUUAUCUGGCAUACAGAAACUUCAUGAUUGACACCUACCGACUGAACCCUCAGGAGUACUUGACCUCCACUGCGUGCCGCAGGAACCUGGCGGGAGAUGUGUGCGCCAUCAUGAGGGUCCAUGCUUUUCUAGAGCAAUGGGGAUUGAUCAACUACCAGGUGGACUCUGAAAGUCGGCCCACUCCCAUGGGACCCCCACCCACCUCUCACUUCCAUGUCCUCGCAGACACUCCCUCAAGUCUGGUGCCCCUGCAGCCCAAAACAUCACAGACUCCAGCCACCCCGCAGAUAAUGCCAUUCCCUGAUAAGGUGAAGGACAAACCAGCAGACCUGCAAAACUUUGGACUGCGGACUGACAUGUACAGCAAGAAGUCUGGAUCUGCAAAGAGCAAGAAUGGAGCAAGCUCGAUGAGGGAGUGGACAGAGCAAGAAACACUUCUACUACUCGAGGGCCUGGAGAUGUACAAAGACGACUGGAACAAGGUAUCUGAACAUGUUGGCAGCCGUACGCAAGACGAGUGCAUCCUGUACUUUCUGCGGCUGCCCAUUGAAGACCCAUACUUGGAGGACACCUCCUCGUCUAUGGGCCCACUGGCUUACCAGCCGAUACCUUUCAGCCAAGCAGGAAACCCUGUCAUGAGCACGGUGGCCUUCCUUGCUUCUGUAGUUGACCCACGUGUGGCCUCAGCUGCAGCCAAAUCUGCUCUUGAGGAAUUUUCCAGAAUGAAGGAGGAGGUUCCUGCCGCACUUGUUGAGGCUCACGUAAGGCGGGUGGAGGAAGCAGCGAGGGUCAACGGUCGACAGGAUCCCCUGUAUGGCCUGGAGGGUAGUGGUAUCGCAGGCACUGGGCUGGAGGAGGGAGAAAGGCCAGAUGAAAACAGUGAUGAAAGUAAAAGUGACAGCCAAUCAAGUGAAGACAAGAGAGAUGCUAAGGACAGUAAAGAUGGUGCAAUAGAGGAGGAGGAGAAGCAGGUGGAAAAUGGGAAGAAGGAAGAAGACAGAGGAAGAGAACCUGAAGGAGACAGGGAGGCGGACAAAACUGAGUCUGAGAUGGUUGAUGGAGAAAAAGAGAAGGAUGCAAAAGAGGGAACAGAGGAAGGACAAAGAGAAGGAGACAUCGAGGGAGAAAGGAAGGCGAAGGUUGAGCGUGAUGUGGGAGAGGGGAACCUGGCUACUGCUGCUGCCUCUGCUUUGGCUGCCGCUGCUGUCAAGGCCAAGCAUCUGGCUGCAGUGGAGGAGAGGAAGAUCAAGUCUCUGGUGGCUCUGCUGGUGGAGACACAAAUGAAGAAGCUUGAGAUUAAACUGCGACACUUUGAAGAACUGGAAACUAUCAUGGACAGAGAGAGGGAAGCUCUGGAGUAUCAGCGGCAGCAGCUGCUGGCUGACCGUCAGUCUUUCCACAUGGAGCAGUUGAAAUAUGCUGAAAUGAGGGCUCGGCAGCAGCACUUCCAGCAGAUUCAGCACCAGCAGCACAGCCAGGCGGGGGGCCCUCACGCUACCCAGGCCGCCUCAGGCCCCCCACCCCAAGGCCUGACUGCAGCUCAGCCAGCUCCCAGCACACCAGCAUCGCAGACGGCACCCAGCCCUGCACCACCGUCCACUUCUGCUCCAGCACCUGAGUCCCAGCCACCUCCAGGAGCUCACACCUCACCUCCCUGCCCCCCAGCCCAAGCCCAAGCCCCUCACGCCAGCUCAAGCACUACACCUGUACUUCAUGAGUCCAACACCCCUCUGCCAGGGGAGACACUCCACCCCUCAGCUCCUGUCCCCCCACCACAGUGAGAAAAGAAAAACAGCUGAUCAUUUCAAAACCUGCCUGUUCCAUCUGAAAUGAAGAAGUCAUCGACUGAAAGACGACAAACACAUUUUUCAUAUUCAGUCAUUUUUAUCCCACUUGGAAAAUCGAUGUUUGACCGAAAAAUAAUGUAAAUGUCUCUUGACUGUGUAAAAAAAGAAGUCGACUUUUGAGGAAAAUUGAUUUUCAUCCUUUGAGGUCGACUGGAGGGCAACGUGUCAAAUCAAAAUUGUAAGCUGAACGCCGAAGAUCUGGUUACAUAGAUCAUCAACAUGCCAGCACUCUAGAAGAACAAAAGAUUUCUCUUGGGUUUUGGAUUAGUUUGUUUUCCUAAAGCAGUUUGUUCACGGAGUCUCGUUCUUCCUCCUCUCUUCUUGUGCUAAAGGUACGAAUAUACAUGUAUGUAAGAAUAAAAGCACUUUUAUUAGGUUUCCCAAGGUCUUUCUGAAAGAUUUGAAGCAUUGAUCUAAUUGAACUUUAGCACUUAUAUCUUUGUUUUGUUGUUUUAAACCCUUUAAACUACAGAAGGGUUUGAAAAAUCAGGAACGGUUUUCAUGGUCCUUCCUCGGGGUCAAGCCUGAAGGUCUGUAAUGAAGGAAAAGAUUUCAAUUGAAGAUGAUGCCUGUUUGAAAUUAAAUAAGUUUGGAUGCAGUUGACGAAAAUAUGCUGUAAACUGAAUUUUCUGUUACAAACACAAUUUUUUACGAUGUUACGGAAAGUAUUUUAAAAAUACUGUA